GGGAGACCAAAGGGCAGUUUCUUAUUGACCACAUCUGCAACUACUACAGCUUGCUGGAGAAGGACUACUUCGGCAUUCGUUACGUGGACCCAGAGAAGCAGCGGCACUGGCUUGAACCUAACAAGUCCAUCUUCAAGCAAAUGAAAUCUCAUCCACCAUACACCAUGUGCUUUAGAGUGAAAUUCUACCCACAUGAACCCCUGAAGAUUAAAGAAGAGCUCACAAGGUACCUUUUGUACCUGCAAAUUAAGAGAGAUAUUUUCCACGGUCGCCUACUCUGCUCCUUCUCAGAUGCUGCCUACCUGGGUGCAUGCAUCAUUCAAGCUGAGCUCGGUGAUUACGAUCCUGAUGAGCAUCCUGAGAAUUACAUCAGUGAGUUUGAGAUUUUCCCUAAGCAGUCACAGAAGCUGGAAAGAAAAAUGGCAGAAAUCCAUAAAAGUGAACUCAGAGGCCAGAGCCCACCGGUUGCUGAAUUUAACUUACUCCUGAAAGCUCACACUUUGGAAACCUAUGGGGUGGAUCCUCACCCAUGCAAGGAUUCAACAGGCACAACAACAUUUUUGGGAUUCACUGCUGCAGGCUUUGUGGUAUUUCAGGGAAAUAAGAGAACCCAUUUGAUAAAAUGGCCAGAUGUCUGCAAAUUGAAGUUUGAAGGGAAGACAUUUUAUGUGAUUGGCACCCAGAAGGAGAAAAAAGCCAUGUUGGCAUUCCAUACCUCAACACCAGCUGCCUGCAAACAUCUCUGGAAGUGUGGGGUGGAGAACCAGGCCUUUUAUAAGUAUGCCAAGUCCAGUCAGAUCAAGACUGUGUCCAGCAGCAAGAUAUUUUUUAAAGGAAGUAGAUUCCGAUACAGCGGUAAGGUUGCCAAAGAGGUGGUGGAGGCGAGUUCCAGAAUCCAGAGGGAGCCUCCGGAGGUGCACAGAACCAACAUUUCCCAGAGCCGCAGUUCCCACUCCUUGAACAAACAGCUCAUUAUUAACAUGGAGCCCCUGCAGCCCUUGCUGCCUUCCCCCAGCGAGCAGGAAGAGGACCUUCCCCUGCGUGAGGGUAUUCCUUUGCCAAAAGAAGAUGACAUUUCUGCCCCCUUGAUCUCCAGCUCACCAGUGAAAGAAGCCCGGGAGUACGAAGACCCCCCAAGCGAAGAGGAAGAUAAAAUAAAAGAAGAGCCUUUGACUAUCUCUGAACUGUCAUACAACCCCAGUGCAAGCCUGCUCCCCACCCCAGUUGAUGAUGAUGAGAUUGACAUGCUCUUUGACUGUCCAUCUAGGCAUGAGUUGGAAAGAGAAGACCUAGAUUCAUUUGAGGAACUGGAAGCAGAUGAAAAUGCCUUUUUGAUGGCUGAAGAAGAGGAGCUAAAGGAAGCUCACCGAGCUUUGUCAUGGAGCUAUGACAUUCUGACCGGCCAUAUUCGGGUGAACCCACUGGUCAAGAGUUUUUCCAGGCUCCUUGUGGUGGGCCUGGGGCUGCUGCUCUUUGUAUUCCCCCUGCUCCUCCUCCUUUUGGAGUCAGUCUCCAUGCAGUAAACAGACCCAGCAGGACCUGCCCGUGGUGGGCCAGUCAGGACUCUGCUCUCCACAAUCCAGCCUCGUUUGUGAUGGGUUGGGUAAGUCUGGCGAGCCCUGCCCAGUGGGCUCAGCUGUCAUCACUUCAGAGAGGACAAAAGAAGCCUCACUUGGGCCUCAAAUCCCAGCUGUGUUCUCCAAUCCAUCAAUAAAACUGAUUUUAAUCCUCU